AUGGGUACGGUUGGGGUUGAGCCAAUCAAAUACGCUAUCUUAGGCAUGCUGCAAUGGUGCAGCGAGCUUAACGUCGCUAAGCUUAUUACGCUGAUACCACCCAUGCCAAGCAGGGUCCUUUUAUGUCACCGAUCCAUGUUCUGUUUAUCAUCAAUUCGCGGGCAUUCGAUCAACAGCCCAAGCCACAACGAUAUGGCAAAAGUCAAAGUCAAAGCACUAAUUCGGCGGUCAACUAAAUCGUUUUUGGAAUGUCAUGGCUCCCUGUCUGUGCCUCAAUCUAUUCGGUUCAGCUCGUCAGCCCAACCGUUCUAG